AUGUUGUUUUGUUCAUUUGAACGUUUCAUUAAUUUAAUUCUUUCUUUCCUUAGCGUGGCCAUGGCAACAAAAGAGAAUCUCCAUCUGCAGAAGAAUUUCUUGAAUAACAUCACACAAACAAUGAAUUCCUUUGCAAAUCGUUUCCCAAUCGUCAACAGUUUAAUCCAGAGAGCAAAUAUUCGCAAACGGCGUGAUUCCAUCGUUCUGGCUGCUGUGAUAGCCACAUGCUGUCAUGUGGGAUGUCUCUCGUCCGGUGGCUGGAACGAUCUCUCUGCCAUAGUCUCUCGUAUCUCUUCGUUGUUCUGUUUUACGGAACAUGAGCAACGGUUGUGUUGGGGCAUGAUGUGCCCUGGUUAUGCCAGUGUUCCCCAAACAACCAAUCAGAGCUCUCCCUGCAAAUGUCCAAAUAUGGGCAAGCAUCUCCUCCCUCCUUGCAAUUCUACCGAGGCCUUCUACCUCUUUUGGUCACCUGAUCAAAUCCGUGUCCUUCCAGCUCGGCAUAAGGGUCUAUCACCAUCACUUCCCGAGGGGCGUAAAAAUACCUCCGCCUUCUUUAGAACUCCACCUAGGCCCUUUCCUCCUUGGUCACCUGACCAACUUCUCCCUUAA